AUGGCCACCACUGGGAACCUUUCUGAAGAGCAGGUGCACUGCUCCAUCUGUCUCGACGUCUUCACCAACCCGGUGUCCAUCCCUUGCGGACACAACUUCUGCCAGAGCUGCAUCCUUGGAUACUGGAAAACCAGCCCUUUGUACCAGUGUCCUAUGUGUAAGAAGUCUUUCCACAAAAGGCCUGAUAUUAGCAUUAACACGGUCCUCAGGGAAAUUGCGGAGCAGUUCAAGGAGAUCAGAGUUAGAAGUGCAGAAGGUACGGAGGUCCUCUGUGAUGUCUGCCUGGGGAACGGCAGGCCAAAAGCGGUCAAAUCCUGCCUUGUGUGUCUGACUUCCUACUGCGAGGAGCAUCUGAAAUCUCAUUCCGCCAGGUUCACCAAGCACAAGCUGAUAGAGCCCGUAGCCAACAUGGAGGACAGGAUGUGUCCGAAGCACGAAAGGCUCCUGGAGCUGUUCUGUAAGAAGGAUCAGACUUGUGUGUGUGUGCUCUGUACUGAGACAGACCACAGGGCGCACUACACUGUCCCUGUGGAGAGAGAAUGGACAGACAAAAAGGCGCAGCUGAAGAGGACAGAAAUAGACGUCCAACAGAUGAUACAGGACAGAGUGAAAAAGGUGGAGGAGAUCAAACAGUGUGUGGAACUAAACAAAGCCAGUGCUCAGAGAGAGGUUGAGGAGAGUGUGCAGGUCUUCUCAGAGCUGGUGCGCUCCAUCCAGAGGACUCAGGCCGAACUGGUUUUGUCCAUUGAGGAGAAGCAGAGGCAGACGGAGAGGUGGGCUGAAGGCUUCAUCGCUGAGCUGGAUAGGGAAAUUGCUGAGCUGAAGAGGAGGAACACAGACUUGGAGAACAUGGCUCGGACUGACCACAUUCACUUCUUAAAGAACUUCCCAGCCCUUAGCACUCCUCCUUCUGUCAAAGACUGGUCUGGAACCAGUGUUCCCACUGACACAUGUGUUGGCAUGAUCAGGCGAUCCAUAUCCAAACUGGAGGCCUCAUUAAAUGAAAUGGUUGGCAAACUGGCUGAAAGUGAGAUCAAAAAGGUUCUGAAAUAUGCAGUGGACGUCACUCUGGACCCUGACUCAGCCAACCCAUGGUUGCAGCUUUCUCAGGACAGACGUCAGGUGAGACACCUGGGUGCAUGGCAGGACCUCCCAGACAACCCAGACCGCUUUGACACAGUGGUCAUCGUCCUGGGCCGUGAGGGCUUCACUUCAGGGAGACAUUACUGGGAGGUUCAGGUGGGGGACAAAGACGACUGGUAUCUGGGCGUGGCCAGGUCUUCUGUCAACAGAAAGGGCAGGAUCUCUGUAAGCACUUCCCAGGGCUACUGGGCUCUGGCCAUGAAGAAAGGCCAGGGGUACCGAGUGUCAACAUCCCCGCCAAUACUGCUCCCCCUUAACCCCAAGCCCAAACAAGUGGGUGUGUACGUGGACUACGAGGAGGGGCAAGUGUCCUUUUAUGACGUUAGGGCUCGGACCCAUAUUUACACAUUCAAAGAUACGUUCAUGGAAAAGAUCUUGCCCUUUUUCUACCUGUACUGCUGCGACAAAGCCUCUGAUACCAUCGUGAUUUGUCCUGUGAAUGAGAAAAGCCUGAUCAAAGCUGAUGUGUACAGGAUUGUUUGCUGUAACAUAAUUACUGUGUGUGGUCUUGCACGUGAUACACGAUUUAGGUGUCUGGAGUUUACAGAAGAGCUUCAAAGAGUCAGAGAUUCCAUAAUGUCAUCAUUCAGUAUCCUUGCUUCAUUGCCGGAGGAUCAUUUCCAGUGUUCGAUCUGUCUGAACAUCUUCAAUGACCCGGUUACGACACCCUGUGGUCACAACUUCUGCAAGACCUGCCUCAGUGGGCACUGGGACAGGAGUGAUUUAUGCCACUGCCCGAUGUGUAAUAAAAGAUUCCACGUGAGGCCAGAGAUCUCCACAAACGUGGUCAUUGAGGAGAUUUCAGUCCAAAUAAAGAAGAGGAAAGUUGAUAAACCUGAAAGUGCUGAUGCACCGUGGCAGGUAACGUGCGAUGUGUGCACAGAUGCAAAGUGCAAGGCCCUGAAGUCCUGCCUAGUGUGUCUGACGUCGUACUGUGAAGCCCACCUGGAGCCUCACCAAAGAGUUCCCUCCCUGAUGAGACACAAGCUAAUGGACCCGGUGGAGAACCUGGAGGAGAGGAUGUGUGAGAAGCACGAGAGGAUCCUGGAGCUUUUCUGCAGGGAUGAGCAGGUGUGCAUCUGUCUGCUGUGCAGCGAGACAGACCACAUGUGCCACGAGACGGUGCCUGUUGAAGAAGAAGGGGCUCAACAGAAAGAAAAUAUUGAUUCCAAGAAAGCAGAGAUCAAAAUUAUGAUUGAGGAGAGAAUGGAAAAGAUAAAGGAAUUUACAGAGUCUUCUGAAAUAAGUCAAGAAAAAACAAAAAAAGAGAUUGAUGAGAGUGAUAAGCUCUUCAAUACUCUGAUGAAUCAUGUACAAGUGACUCACACUAAACUGAAAUCAAACAUCGAGGAGAAGCUCCGAAAAUCACAAGACAAAGACGAAGCGAUGAUUGAAGAGCUGCAGGAGGAGAUCACACAACUGCAGAGCAAGUACUCUGAGCUGGAGGAGCUUUCACAAAGUGACGAUUACCUUCACCUUCUGCUGACGUUGCAGGCCCUGGGUAAUGUAUCAGCCACCAAGAACUGGUCUAAGAUCAGGGUUUACUCAGACCUGUGUUUGCAGACGGUGAGGAGAGCCAUGACUCAUCUUGUGGACACUUUUCAAUCCGAACUGAAAACUCUGACAGAAACGGAACUGACUAGGAUGAGACAAUACAAAGCGUCAGUCACCUUUGACGCAGCUACUGCUGGCUGCUGCCUUGUCGUGUCCGAAUUUGGGAAACGGUUGAAGUACUGCAGAACUGCAAGCCCCUCAUCGUCUGAUGACUUGGAGAGGUUUGACUGUCCCAUGAUCUUGGGGACGACGGGCUUUAUCUCUGGGCGUCACUACUGGGAAGUUCAAGUAGGCCUGAGAACUGACUGGGAUGUCGGUGUUGCCAAGGAAACAGUACCCAGAACAGGGAAGAUCCCUCUGAAAAGAGAAAAUGGCUUCUUCGCCAUAGGAAAGAGGGGUUUAGAUUAUCAAGUUCAUUGCACACGCGACACGGCCCUUCACCUUUGUCCCAGGCCGAGAAAAGUAGGAGUGUACGUGGACUAUAUGGAAGGCAGAGUCUCUUUCUAUGAUGUGGAUAGGAAGUUGCACAUUCACUCUUUCACACGAGAGUCUUUCAAAGAGAAACUGUUCCCGUACUUCUAUCUGUACGGCAGAUACAAGAAAUCGGAGCCUUUGAUAAUUACCUCUAUGGAACAUCAGGUAUCUGUUUUUUCUCUCUGGUCCUCCCUCCAACAAGCUAAAAAUAACUCAACAGUAUAAAUUUGUUGCAAGGUCAAACAUCCAAGAAGGUCCUCUAAGAUUAAACCCUGCAAAAUCCAGCCUGUCUACCUUUGUGCACUCACUGUGCAAUAAAUAUUUUCUGGGGGAGUGGCUUUGGAGGGAGGCGGUGUUGGAUUUUUUCAGUUGGAUACUCUCAAAAUGUAGCCAUCUCUUGCUAGUUCUCCAAUGUUACCUACCCCAGCUUUAAUUACUGUUACUAGGCCUGUCAGUUUUUCCAUUGUUGCAUGCUAUUUUGUCAACUUAGUGAUUGUCUGGCUAGAUUUGACAAUUUUUUAAAAUUCAUUUAAGUAUACAGAGUGCGUUUUUCCAGUGUCUCUCUAUUCAUGAUAUUAAAGUUCCACUAUACAACUGCUUACAUAAAAUGUUUUUUCAGAUAUAGAUUUUUAAGUUUUAAAUUUAAAUGUGUGAUUUAAAUGAGUUGGAUUUAGAUGCAUUUUGAUUGCUGCUUGAAAAUUAAUUGAUAAAGCUAGUUAUAGUCAGUUAAGUUUAGGUUGAUUUCAUUCUUUUUACUUUCUUUUUGUAUAAUAUUGACAGUCAGAAUGUUGUGGAGGUAUGAACAGCAAUGUGUUCACUUCACUUACUGUUGUAUGUACGGAAGUGCGUUUGAAUGGUGAUCCUACUGCUUAGCUAAGGGAAAAAAGUUAAUGAACUACGUAGUCAGUGGCUUUGAAUCUUUGAAUUGAACUGAACAAAGUAAUUCAAAUGAGCAAAGCGAUUUGUGAUUUCCACCUCUAAUAUUACAUGACGGUUUGCAUUUUUUAUUUAAUUGAAAUGCCACCUGUGACCCUGCAAACUAAUGUAAUUAGUUAAUGAUGUACUCCUCAGCCUGGAAGUAACACUAAUACUAAUGUAUACUAGUGUAGGUAGCAAGCUUGUAAGCUGGUUGACAGUGGAAGCUUAGCUAUUGAAAACAGAAAAACACAACUGGUUUUGGAAAGGCUAACUCUUGUCGAGUACUUACUACUGCCCCAUUCACACGCUUCAAUGUGUGGAGAAUGCCAAGGCACAGACCUGUCGCACAUAGUUACAGUUAUGGUUACUGAAUUAUUAUCAAUAAUUGGCAUCCUCGCAGCUUACACUUUCAUUACAAUGAAUACAAAUGAUUACUUAUUAGGUGAAAGUACAAUCAACUGUAAUGUUUUAGAAAUUAUUUUGCAAUGCAGUCAUGAAGUUGUUUUU